CGAUGACAGCGGAAAUGGCUUGAAGUCUGUCACAAUUGAUGUUACUUGGUUUGAUUUAUAUGAAAGGUGGGGAGACUGGUUUCUUGCCAUUGACUGGGACAAUCAUGCCUACGUUCGCAACCUUACUAUCACUGCAGACCUCCAGGCUCCUAGCUCCUGCCCAGGAGAGCCUCCAUGUUGGGGUCACGGCCGCUGUUGGAUUGGCGCUGGGACAUCUGUUUGUGCCUGUGACAAGGGUUGGCAUGGGGAAGACUGCGUCGUCGUCGUCGUCGUUGUCAUCGCCAUCGUCGUCGUCGCCGUCGUCACCGUCGCUGUCGUUGUCGUCGUCGUUGUCGUUGUCGUUGUCGUUGUCGUUGUCGUUGUCGUUGUCGUUGUCGUUGUCGUUGUCGUUAUCGUCGUCAUUGUUGACGACAACAACAACAGCUGCUCGUGCUGCUUCUGGUGCUGCUGUUGUGGUGGUGGCGGUUGUGGUGCUGGCGGUGGUUGAGGUUGUGGUGGUGGUGACGGUAGCGGUGGUGGUGGUGGUCGUAGUGGUGGUGGUUGUGGCUGCCGUGGUGUUGAGGGUGGUGGUGGUGGUGCUUGUGGGUAUGGUGGUGCUUGUGGGUGUGGUGGUUGUGGUUGUGGUUGCGGUGGCGGUGGCAGUGGUUGAGGUUGUGGUGAUGUUGGUGGUGGUGGUGGUGGUGGUGGUGGUGGCGGCGGUGCUUGUGAGUAUGGUGGUGCUUGUGGGUGUGGUGGUUGUGGCAGUGGUUGAGGUUGUGGUGGUGGUGGUGGUGGUGGUUGUAGUGGUUGUAGUGGUUGUAGUGGUUGUAGUGGUGGUGGUGGGUGUUGCUGUGGAGGCAAUGGUGGCUGUCGUGGUGGUGCUGAUAGUGGUUGUUGUGGUGGCGUUGAGGUUGUUGUGGUGGUGACGCUGGUGGUUGUGUUGUUGUUCAUGUGGUUGCGGUUGUGGUUGUGCAUGUGGUGGUGGUGG